CAAUCUUUACUUGUUCUUAUUGUUUAUUGGCUUCGGCUUCUUUGCUUAGGUCACGGGUUUCCUCGGGUUCUCCUCUCUGCCUCUUAUUCUCUGCGUCCUCAGCCGAUAUAUAUAUACCUCUCUCCCCUUCUCUGCGUCCUCUCUUACUCUUUCUCACAGAGUCCAGCUUCUUAAAAGAGUAAGUAACAGAGGGAUAAAGGAAGGCCUUUUGUUUCUUCCCUUUCUUCUACUUCUCGGGCUAAGUUCCUGUUGCUGAUUUCUCUGGUUUUUCUGAUAAAACCCAUAUAUUUCUUUUCACUUGGGAUUGCUCUGUACCUCUUGUUUUAUUUGGCUCAGUCGAAUAGAAGAAGAGUACUUGCUCCGACUCUGAGGUUUCUUUCUUGUUUCUUGUUUUGUUUUUUCGGUCCAAGGCAUCCGUCUUUCUCUAAUCGAAGAUGGGGUUUCCCGAGAAACCACAAGUAGAUGGAGAAUCAGAAGGAAAGAAAUGGGUCAUCGCUGGAAUUUCGUUACGAAGUCCUUUGAGAUCAAUAAGUACGAACCCGAAGGAGGAUGGCGAUAACGACGAUGAGGAAUGUUCGACUACUCCCACGGCCUCAGAAGCGAGGAUACCAGAGAGGUUGCCGUGCCCGCCGGCUCCAAGGAAGCGUAGGCCUUCUUCAAAGUGUCAUAUUAACGGCGUUAGGGAGUUCUUCACUCCUCCAGACCUAGAAACUGUAUUUAUACGCCUUGCCCAGAGAGCCAAGUGAGUCUCGUUGGAUGGAGAAGAGAAGUUCGACCGACCUUAUUGCUGUUCUUUUUUUCUUUUUGUUUUUCUUUCUCUCUAUCUCCUCUCUGUUCUUUGUGAUAGAGAGGAGAGCUGAUGUACAAAAGCUAUAACAUAUGAAAUGGCUUUAGUUUUGGCUCAUGAGUUUCUAAGGCAGACUGUAUAUCUGAGUUCCCUAGGACCAAUAGGCCAAACAUAGUGUAAAGCUGCAGACUCUAUGGAGUAGCACCAUUAGCAAAACUAAGUUUGAUUGUGUAUGAUACAACGGAGUUUUGUAGCA